AUGAAAUCGCUGAAGGAUCUACUGCUUCCUACUUCCCUUUGAAAUCCUAGUUCCCUUAUUGGAAAAAAAAAAAAUUUGUCGCGAUUAACAUUUCUCAAAACUUUCGAAGCCCAGAAGCCUCCGAAGCCCCUACCAGGCUACCUCUCCUCCUGCAGCUGCUCCCUCCACGAGAAGAUGGUCUCCACGGCAGCUGUCUCCUUCCUCCUCCUCCUCAGCACCACUGUGGCCCUUGGGUCCGAGAAUGAAUCCUCUUCAAGACUUUACCACCCCACCGAGUGCUGUUUCACUUAUACACGCCGGGCAAUCCCCCGGCAGCUCAUUUCAAGCUAUUAUGAGACCAGCAGCCUGUGCUCCAAGCCUGGAAUCAUCUUCGUCACCAGGAAGGGCCUUUACGUCUGUGCCAACCCCCAUGAUGGCUGGGUCUGGGACUAUAUCAAGGAACUGGAGGAGUGAUCCAGAAGUAAUGGAGAAGGACACAGCUCAGGAUUUACAGAGAGGGCGCUGAACCCCACUCCCCUCCUCCCAACUUAGCCCCAGACACCUCCUGAGAGCUGCCCCAACUUGAAUUAAAGAGCAGUCAGGCCCUUCCCUGCCCUCAUUCAUUUCUACUAAAUUUCCCCUCUGGAACUGGACUUGAGGACACUGGUGAGCCCGCUCAUGGUGGCACCCUCAGCCUCAUGCUUAACUCUGCAGAAGUUUGGCCAGAGCCUGGUGCAAAAAAAAAGGGUCAGGCCUGCCGUGAGGUAGAGAGAAACUGAGCAGGAAGUGAGGAAGACACUGUCUAAAGGGUGCCUUGAGACAGUAAUAACCACAGAAAUAACAGAUACCAUUUUUGUAGCACCUCCAUAGUCCAAGCACUCUACUAAGCAGUCUAUGUGCAUCCAUUUAUUUAAGCUUCACAAGGAAAGUUUGAUUUUGCAGCUAAAUCUUCAUAAAGGCCUCUCUAUAGCAGUCAAA